AUGAAUUCACCAACAAUUAAAAUCUCAAAAAUGUUAGAUGAAUUAAUCCGUUCAUUAUUUGAUCAAUAUGCUAAACAGACAACAAUUAUUGAUGACGUUCAUCUUAUUCGUCAACUAGAAAAGUAUAUUAAUCUUGGUGGUGUCAUGGGAUCACCGUUUACAUUAACCUUAGCAAAUAUAUUUAUGUGGCAUUGGGAACAAAAAAUAGUCGAACAUCAAAAAUUUUCAAAUGAAUUAUGUGGAGAUAGUUAUAUUGAUGAUAUAUUCUUAACAUCAAACGACAGUAUUGAAAAGCAAACCCAAAUACUUGAAGAUGCUAACAAAUAUCAUUCCAACAUUAAAUUAACUUAUGACAUUGGUAAUUCUAUUUCAUUUCUUGAUUUACAAAUGACUAAUCAUGAUGGAAACGUUACCACAUCAGUUCAUCAUAAGGAUGCAGCCGAACCUUAUGUUGUACCAUUCAAAUCUGAUCAUUCAUGUCAUAUAUUUGAGAACAUUAUACGAGCUGCUCUUCUUCGAGCACUUCGUUAUUCAUCAACAUUGAAAGAAUUUAAUCAUGAGCGACGAGCCAUCAAAUUGAUGCUCCUCUAUAAUAGAUACAGUCUAUCUCCUUUCACAUAA